UGGAAAUGGUGCGACGGAGAUCGUCUGCGGAUGGCGGCUCGAACCGCCGCAAGUCGUCCACGGACAUGAUGGGCCAUCGUAAAGGAGAUCGUAAGCUCUCUGACAUUAUGGAAGGUGUUGCGAUGCCUCCCAGCAUGUCGUUCUUGGAAACGCAGCGUAUCACGGCGAUGCAAAUGGAAAUUUACGGGUUUGCUGGGUGGAUUGCGUCGAUUGUCGUGUUUGUUUGCUACCUUCUGUGGGCAUAUGUACCCGACUCGAUCUUGGCAUCGUACGGAAUCACGUAUUACCCUUCGCGGUAUUGGGCCCUCGCUGUUCCGGCAAUGCUCGCCAUGACUCUGAUGGCGCUGUUGGUGGUCUACAUUGCCAUCAACUGGGUAUCGACAGCGCCCUUGGACUCAUACAACACUAUACGAGACCAGUACACAAUCACACUGACCGAUGACGAGCUCGACGUCCAGCGCGACGCCAAUACCCCCGCCAUUGCAGACAUCCCGCUUACGUCAGUAAAUCGUAUGCUGUUCAACUGAAUGUCCUCGUCCAUUUCUUCGUCAA